CUCAUUUUAUUUCAUGUUGUCCAACCAUUAGGGCACAAAUUUGCCCGAGAGAACAGAUGUCAUGGUUUACACUGUUAAGAAGAUACUUUGAAUCUGUGCUACUUCUGCUUUCUCGCUAGGCAUUUGUAUCUGGACAUGAUUUUUCAGGUCACUUACUUGCAUAUACACAUUUGUCUUGCUUUGUACUGAAGAUUAGUGUAGGGGUUUAAGUGUUGGGACUGAGAGAUGGCCCUGCAGUUGGUUUCUAUGGAUUUUUUAGUGGGUGAAUUUAUUGCUCAUGUGGUAUUUUCCAAUUAAGCCUUACCUCCUGGUGAGAUUGCACUGACAGAAAUAUUAUUAUCACAUUCUUCUUCUCCACUCAUCUCAGUGCAAAGUGGUUUUCAUUGCAGACCCUGUGGUUCAUGAGGAACAGCAACAAUAGAUUGUGGUUUCUCUGGCAGAUGAAGAGGCUCAGUUUAGUAAAAGCAAGUACUUCAAUAACAUCUGCCAAAAUCCAAGUGAAUGGAGUCCACCUGCAUUAUCAGCAAACAGGAGAAGGAAGCCAUGCAGUUCUUCUGCUUCCAGGAAUGCUAGGGAGUGGUCAAACUGAUUUUGGACCACAGCUUAAAUCUAUGAAUAAGCAACUUUUCACAGUUGUUGCUUGGGAUCCUCGGGGAUAUGGAAAAUCCAUUCCUCCAUCUCGAGACUUUCCUCCGGAUUUCUUUGAGAGGGAUGCAAAAGACGCUGUGGAUCUUAUGCAGGCACUGAAGUUUAAGAAGUUCUCCUUGCUGGGGUGGAGCGAUGGUGGAAUUACAGCGCUCAUUGCUGCUGCGAGGUACCCAAAUCUUAUCCACAAGUUGGUUGUCUGGGGAGCAAAUGCCAGCGUGACUCAAGAGGAUGUGAGAAUUUACAAUGGCAUCCGAGAUGUUUCAAAAUGGAGUGAAAAGGUCAGGAAACCACUGGAAGAGCUGUAUGGACAAAAGUACUUUGCAGAAACCUGUGAGGCUUGGGUAGAGGGAAUAUCGCACUUUGCUGAAAACUCAGAUGGUAAUAUCUGCCAACAGUUGCUGCCAGAUAUUAAAUGUCCCACAUUUAUAAUUCAUGGUGAGAAAGACCCUUUGGUCCCACAGGCUCAUGCAGAAUAUAUUCAUAAGCACAUCAAAGACUCUCGGUUGCUUCUGAUGCCAGAAGGAAAGCAUAAUUUACAUCUGCGUUUUGCAAAGGACUUCAACAGAGAAGUGGAAAAUUUCCUGCGCUAACAUGAACUGUAAAACAAGUCAGAGGUACUGAGCCUUGUUUAGGAAUUUAGGCUGGCAUUCUGUUUUCAAUGCAGUUACAGGUAGGUUUGAGUCCUGUAAGAAAAACAUCAAACAUAAUUACAUGAGAAGUAUAUGUCUUAAGAAUCUGUAAGCCUUGGCGAUCAGAGCAUACCACUGUAGUGCAAGAUUUCUGACAUGUCUUUAAACUUACUUGUUGCCACCCAGGCUGAACAGCUGUUCUUUGUCCAAUAGAGGUGUUAAGAAAGACAGAAACCAUGAUCUUGAAUACAUGCCUUUAUGUGCUCUUAAUAUUAAAGGACAAAAAACAUUGUAAGAAUUA